GCUGCCGCCGCAGCCUCGGCAUCGCAGACGCGCUCGGGCAGCGGGUCCGAGGCCGGCGUGCGCGGAGGCUGGGCGGGCAGCCCGAGCGGCAGCCGCAGCGCAGUGCCCCCACGCCCGGAUCCCGCCCCAAGCCGCCCAGCAGCCCCCUUCCCUCCGGCCGGAGCCUGAGCCAAGCCCGGCUGGCUGUGCCGUGCCGAGCUGCCGGCGCCGCCGGGAAGAUGGCCGUGUCGCUGCGGUACUUGUGGCCUCUGCUUCUGUGCAGCCCCUGCCUGCUCAUCCAGAUUCCCGACGAAUAUGAAGGAUACCGGGUGAUGGAACCACCUGUCAUCACGGAACAGUCUCCACGGCGCCUGGUUGUCUUCCCUACAGAUGACAUCAGCCUCAAGUGUGAGGCCAGUGGCAAACCUGAAGUGCAGUUCCGCUGGACUCGGGAUGGCGUCCACUUCAAACCCAAUGAGGAAGUGGGCGUGACCGUGCACCAGGCACCACACUCUGGCUCCUUCACCAUCACGGGCAACAACAGCAACUUUGCCCAGAGGUUCCAGGGCACCUACCGCUGCUUUGCCAGCAAUAAGCUGGGCACAGCCAUGUCCCAUGAGAUCCAGCUCAUGGCUGAGGGUGCCCCCAAGUGGCCAAAAGAGACGGUGAAGCCUGUAGAGGUGGAGGAGGGGGAGUCGGUGGUCUUGCCUUGCCACCCUCCGCCCAGCGCUGAGCCACUCCGAAUCUACUGGAUGAACAGCAAGAUCUUGCACAUCAAGCAGGAUGAGCGGGUGACGAUGGGUCAGAACGGCAAUCUCUACUUUGCCAACGUCCUCACCUCGGACAACCACUCGGACUACAUCUGCCACGCCCACUUCCCUGGCACCCGGACCAUCAUCCAGAAGGAACCCAUUGACCUCCGGGUCAAGGCCACCAACAGCAUGAUCGACAGGAAGCCUCGCCUGCUCUUCCCCACCAACUCCAGCAGCCACCUGGUGGCCCUGCAGGGGCAGCCGCUGGUCCUGGAGUGCAUCGCCGAGGGCUUCCCUACGCCCACCAUCAAGUGGCUGCGCCCCAGUGGCCCCAUGCCGGCUGACCGAGUUGCCUACCAGAACCACAACAAGACGCUGCAGCUGCUAAACGUGGCGGAGGAGGACGACGGCGAGUACCGGUGCCUGGCAGAGAACUCGCUGGGCAGCGACCGGCACACCUACUACGUCACCGUGGAGGCUGCCCCCUACUGGCUGCACAAGCCGCAGAGUCAUCUGUACGGGCCCGGAGAGACUGCCCGCCUAGACUGCCAGGUGCAGGGGAGGCCCCAGCCGGAGGUCACCUGGAGAAUCAACGGCAUUCCUGUGGAGGAGCUGGCUAAGGACCAGAAGUACCGGAUCCAGCGUGGGGCCUUGAUCCUGAGCCACGUGCAGCCCAGCGACACGAUGGUGACGCAGUGCGAGGCCCGCAACCGGCACGGGCUCCUGCUGGCCAAUGCCUACAUCUAUGUCGUUCAGCUUCCUGCCAAGAUCCUGACCCCAGACAACGAGACCUACAUGGCAGUCGAGGGCAGCACCGCCUAUCUUCUGUGCAAGGCCUUUGGAGCCCCUGUGCCCAGUGUCCAGUGGCUGGACAAGGAAGGGAAGACCGUGCUGCGGGAUGAACGUUUCUUCCCCUACACCAAUGGGACCCUGGGCAUCCGGGACCUCCAGGCCAAUGACACUGGCCACUACUUCUGCCAGGCCACCAAUGACCAGAACAAUGUGACCAUUGUGGCUAACCUGCAGGUCAAAGAUGCCACUCAGAUCACACAGGGGCCGCAGAGUGCAAUCGAGAAGAAAGGCUCAAAAGUGACUUUCACGUGCCAGGCCUCCUUUGACCCCUCCUUGCAGCACAGCAUCACUUGGCGAGGGGACGGUCGAAACCUUCAGGAGUCUGGGGACAGUGACAAGUACUUCAUAGAGGAGGGGCGCCUGGUCAUCCACAGCCUGGACUACAGUGACCAGGGCAACUACAGCUGUGUGGCUGGCACCGAGCUGGACGUGGUGGAGAGCCGGGCCCAGCUCCUGGUGGUGGGGAGCCCCGGGCCGGUGCCCCAGCUGGAGCUGUCCGACCGCCACCUGCUGGAGCAGAGCCAGGUGCGCCUGUCUUGGAGACCGGCUGAAGACCAUAACGCCCCCAUUGAGAAGUAUGACAUUGAAUUUGAAGACAAGGAGAUGGCGCCUCAGGAAUGGUACAGUCUGGGCAAGGUGCCCGGGAACCAGACCUCCACCACCCUCAAGCUCUCGCCCUACGUGCGCUACUCUUUCCGAGUUACUGCCAUCAACAAGUACGGGCCUGGAGAGCCCAGCCCGGCCUCUGAGACCGUGGUCACACCUGAGGCAGCCCCAGAGAAGAACCCUGUGGAUGUGAAGGGGGAAGGGAACGAGACCAGCAACAUGGUCAUCACUUGGAAGCCCCUUAGAUGGAUGGACUGGAAUGCCCCCCAGGUUCAGUACCGUGUCCAGUGGCGCCCUCAAGGGACACGGGGUGCCUGGCAGGAACAGAUCGUGAGCGACCCCUUGCUGGUUGUGUCCAACACGUCCACCUUUGUGCCUUAUGAGAUCAAAGUUCAGGCCGUCAACAGCCAGGGCAAGGGCCCUGAGCCGCAGAUUACCAUUGGCUACUCGGGGGAAGACUACCCCCAGGCAAGCCCUGAGCUGGAAGGCGUCAAGAUCCUCAACUCUAGCGCCGUGCUGGUCAGGUGGUGGCCGGUGGACCCCGCCCAGGUCAAGGGCCACCUCCGAGGAUACAAUGUGACGUACUGGUGGGAGGGCAGUCAGAGGAAGCACAGCAAGAGGCAUGUCCACAGAGACCACGUGGUGGUGCCCGCCAACACCACCAGCACCGUCCUGGGAGGCCUGCGGCCCUACAGCUCCUACCGUCUAGAGGUGCAGGCCUUCAAUGGCCGGGGACUGGGGCCCGCCAGCGAGAUGGCCUUCAAGACUCCCGAGGGAGUGCCAGGCCACCCCGAGGCCCUGCAUCUGGAGUGCCAGUCAGACACCAGCCUGCUGCUGCACUGGCAGCCGCCGCUCAGCCACAACGGCGUGCUCACCGGCUACGUGCUCUCCUACCGCCCUCUGGACGACGGGGACAAGGAGCAGCUGUCCUUUGACCUUCCGGACCCCGAGCUGCGGACACACAACCUGACUAACCUCAGUCCGCACCUGCGGUACCGCUUCCGGCUGCAGGCCACCACCAAGGAGGGCCCCGGGGAGGCCAUCGUGCGGGAGGGAGGCACCAUGGCCUUAUCCGGGACCCCGGAUUUUGGCAACAUCUCGGCCAUGGCCGGCGAGAAUUACAGCGUGGUCUCCUGGGUCCCCAAGGAGGGCCAGUGCAACUUUGGGUUCCAGAUCUGGUUCAAAGCCCUGGGGGACGAGAAGAUGAGCCCCCAUCUGCCCCCGCAGUACGUCAGCUACAACCAGAGCUCCUACACACAGUGGGACCUGCAGCCCGACACCGACUACGAGAUCCACCUGCUCAAGGAGAGGGUGCUCCUUAAGAUGGCCGUGAAGACCAACGGCACUGUCCUGCUUCUCGUCUUGCUCAUCCUCUGCUUUAUCAAGCGUAGCAAAGGCGGCAAGUACUCUGUGAAGGAUAAGGAGGACACCCACGUGGACUCCGAGGCCCGGCCGAUGAAGGACGAGACCUUCGGCGAGUACAGGUCCCUGGAGAGUGACAACGAGGAGAAGGCCUUUGGCAGCAGCCAGCCGUCCCUCAAUGGAGACAUCAAGCCCCUGGGCAGCGAUGACAGCCUGGCCGACUACGGGGGCAGUGUGGACGUCCAGUUUAAUGAGGAUGGCUCCUUCAUCGGCCAGUACAGUGGCAAGAAGGAGAAGGAGGCCACAGGAGGCAAUGACAGCUCAGGGGCUGCCUCCCCCAUCAACCCUGCCGGGGCGCUAGAGUAGCGCGUUCCAGCCAGGCAAGGCCAGGCAGGGCCAAGUCUGGGGCCGGGCUACAGGGGAGUCAGAGGCCAAGACCCCCGAGCCCAGCACCUAUGCUGACCUUGGGACUGAGGCUCCAUCCACUCCCUUCCAGGCCUCGGCCCCACCCUCCCGGCCCUGGGCCUGCGGGAGGCUUGAAGUUGGGGGCAGAGGAGAGGAGCUCACUGCCUCUGAACCCCUUCUGACUACCCGGUCCCCACUUUAUUGCCAAAACCCAGCUGCACCCCUUCUUGGGCACGCACUGCUUUGUUCCAACUCGGGGACCAAUCACCCGCCCACCAAGAGCCUGCAGGGCCGUGGUUGGGCAGAGAGGAAGUAGGGGUGGCCACUCUUCGGACAGCCUGGCUGGGGUUGGGGACGGGACUCGGUGUCCCCACCAUCUGCUCCAAUCAGGACGGGAGCUGGGCAAGCUGGCCGCGGGGGCGGAGGAGGCCAUCUGGAGGGCCCAGAGUCCCCACCUCGCAGUAUCAAGCUGGUCGCCACCUUCCUCCACUGCCCGCUCCACCCCACGGCCGGCUUCCCGGAGCUCUGCACACACGCUGCCUUCAGUGCCCACCAGACAACAUCCAAGUGGCCUCUGUCACUGCCAGGGCGUGGGGCAGGCACGUUUCCCCGCUGCCCCUGCCACAGCCUGCAGCCCAGGACCCUCUAGCCACCCUGCCCGGUCCGAGUAGAACCCCUCCUCAGCCUCCCCUGCCCCUCAGCCUUGGGAAUGUAAAUACACCGUGAUCUUGAAAGUUUGUGCCCUCGCCUUUCCCCAUAUGCCACUAGUGUAGGCAGAUGUCUGAGUCUCUAGGUGGUUUCUAGGUUUUAUAGCAAUUAGCUUUGAUGAUCCCAUCCUAGGAAAAAUAAAAACAGACACACACACACACACACACACACACACACACACACGGGAAAAAGGAAAGAUUGGUUCUCCCAGCUCUGCCGCGCUCCUGCCUGGCAGCUACGGUCUCCGUGUAUGCCUUUGCUUGGUCUGUUGAUGAGCCCUUUACAAAAAAACAAAAGAAAUAUAUAUAUAUAUGUACAUAAAUAUCAGAAUUAUGACAGGCAAAUAAAAACCUGUGACUGAA